AUGGCACUAGAGGCUGUGGUUUUUCCACAAGAUCCGUUUCCGUAUGCUUGCAAGGAUUACUUUUACUCCUUAGUAGGAGCAACACCCAACUUUGGUUAUCAAGCUGCAGAAGAAGAGAAAGUCCUACUAGGAAUCAUCAACAACAACAUAGAACACAAUCUUCAUGCAAACUGGGAUUCUUCUUCUACCUACGUCUUGCAACAUGUCAAGGAACAAUGGGAUGAUUCUCACUCCUCCCCUGAAGCCUGCACCGUGGAUCAAUCCAUGAUUCCUCCCCCUUCUUCCUCCGUGGAAGUCACCGCGAGCAACAUAACACGCCGCAAACGACGUCGUGCCAGGAGCGCCAAGAACAAAGAGGAAAUCGAAAACCAGAGGAUGACCCACAUUGCAGUCGAACGCAACCGCAGAAAGCAGAUGAACGAGUACUUAGCUGUACUCCGAUCCUUGAUGCCUUCUUCUUAUGUUCAAAGGGGUGACCAAGCGUCGAUCAUUGGAGGAGCGAUUAACUUUGUGAAGGAGUUAGAGCAGGUUUUGCAGUCAAUGGAGGGUGGAAAGAGAACGAAGCAAGGACAAGAGAAUGAUGGGUUAUCAAAUGGGUCGACACCACCAUUCGCUGAGUUCUUCACCUUUCCUCAAUACACGACACGUGGAACGCAGAAGCAGGAGCAGAAACAGCGGGGCGUAGCAGACAUUGAAGUGACCAUGGUCGAUAGUCAUGCCAACCUAAAGAUUCUCUCAAAGAAACAACCCGGCCAUCUUAUGAAGAUCGUUGUUGGCCUUCAAAGUCUCAGACUUGGCAUUCUCCACCUCAAUGUUACCACUCUCCACAACAUGGUCCUUUUCUCAAUUAGCGUUAAGGUAGAAGAGGGGUGUGAGCUGAACACGGUGGAUGAAAUAGCGGGUGCAGUGAAUCAACUAUUACGCACAAUCGAAGAAGUUACAUUGAACUGA